AUGCCAAGAGCUCACGACCAUUUCCACGGUCGUCAUUACCACGCUGAGCGCGCAACUGGCCCUGUCAAGUCGCUCAAUCCAACGAAGCGAUAUCUAAUCGCCGACAAGAAGCCACUCCAUGCUGAGUCUGACGCUGGAAAGGAGUCGCGACCGAGCGCUGAGAGUCUUGGGGUUGCUUAUGUCUGGAGGAGUCGCGAUAACAGAAAAGGACGACAUGCGCUGGUCAUCAGCGUCGAUCCAAGAAAGCAUGAUGCAACAAAAGCUCCAAGGCCGUCGAAUUCGUAUCACCAGACUCUCCGCGGUAUCUUGAAGAUGUUUGUCAGAUACCCAGUCUGGGAUGUAUCGUACGAUGUCGCCAUCGUCUUCACAAUAGGUUCGAUUAUCUGGGUAAUUAAUGGCUUUUUCUCAUGGCUCCCCGUUCUCAACCCCUCAACGAAAUUCUCUGACUGGGCCGGCGGAUUGACAGCUUUCAUCGGCGCUACGGUCUUCGAAUUUGGCUCAAUCCUACUCAUGCUUGAAGCCGUCAACGAGAAUCGGGCGGAUUGUUUUGGUUGGGCUGUCGAGGAAAGUGUAGAUGGGAUGCUUCAUCUCACUCAUGCGGAUAACUGCAAGCAUGCACACGCGCAAAAGGGGACUUUUGUAAAGCAAAGCUCUAAAACACUGGAUAAUAACACAACGGAAUCAACGGGGAAUGAUCGGAUGUGGUCCUGGUGGCCGACGUGGUAUGAACUCAGAUCACAUUAUUUCUUCGACAUUGGCUUCUUGGCCUGUUCUUCACAAACAUUCGGCGCCACGGUAUUCUGGAUCUCUGGCUUUACAGCCUUGCCGCCUAUACUCAACAACCUCUCUACACCAGCUGAGAACGGCGUCUAUUGGCUCCCUCAAGUGAUUGGCGGCACGGGCUUCAUCGUCUCAAGUACCCUGUUCAUGGUCGAAGUUCAGCCUCGAUGGUACAUUCCAGCGCCGGGGGUACUGGGAUGGCAUAUCGGACUAUGGAACUUGAUUGGCGCUAUUGGCUUUACUCUCUGUGGUGCGCUGGGCUUUGGCAUCACGCAUCCGGGUGUUGAGUAUGCGCUUACACUUUCGACAUUUAUAGGUUCAUGGGCAUUUUUGGUCAGUAAGACAGUGCUUGGAUGA